UUUCCCAUCACUAGAAUUAUCAUUAAAUUCUCUCUAUCGACGGUCAUUUCACAAUCAAUAUUUGUGUUCUACGUUUUAUCUCAAAAAAAUAAUUCAAAAUGUUGAAAACCGCUCUCAGAAGUACAACUUCACUGAGGUUUCUUGUACUUAGUGCAAAUAAGGCUGUCAAUCUCACUUCGCAAAAAAAUUUCACAUCUAUUGGCAAACAAAUGAUGGAUCAACCAGUGCUGGUUCCCUUAUGCUCCCCAAACCGGACAACGUUGCGAUCGAUGUUCAUCCAGACACAGGACACCCCAAACCCAGACAGUUUAAAGUUCCUCCCAGGUGUUGCAGUGCUUGAGAAAGGACAAACCAUGGACUUUCCUACGCCUGCUGCGUCUCUUCGUAGCCCUUUAGCCAAGCUGUUAUUUCGAAUCGAAGGCGUCCGGUCGGUCUUCUUUGGAUCAGAUUUCGUAACAAUCUCCAAGCAGGAGGAAGCAGAAUGGCGUCUCAUUAAGCCGGAGGUUUUUGCGGUGAUAAUGGAUUUUUUCGCCUCUGGUUUACCGGUGGUAACGGACGCAAAACCAACCGGCGACACUCAGAUUAAUGAAGAUGAUGAUGAAACGGUGCAGAUGAUCAAAGAAUUGUUAGACACGCGAAUCAGACCAACCGUGCAAGAGGAUGGCGGGGACAUCAUUUUCAUGGGUUUCGAUGAAGGAAUAGUGAAGCUGAAGAUGCAAGGAUCCUGUUCGUCUUGUCCAAGCUCGAUUAUAACACUUAAGAACGGAGUGCAGAACAUGUUGCAGUUCUACAUUCCCGAAGUCGUUUCGGUCGAGCAGGUUACAGAUGAAGUGGAUGAAGUCACGGAGAAAGAGUUUGAGAAGUUGGAGAGUAAAAUUCAGCAAAAAGAAGAAAAGUGAAGGUGUUAUAAAUUUAGUACCAGCUGUAAAAUAUUUUAAUUUACGCUUUAAUUUAAUUGGCUGAAAUAAAUUUCAGUGAAUAACAAUGUA